AUGAAUCAUCAGCAGCUCUUUGGAACUCGGAUACUCCUGGCAAUCUUGCUGUUAUGGGUUGGCAUAUCCGCAUUGACGUCCUAUCUCUUGUAUGCUCGAUUCUUCAACCAAGACAAGGCGAGUCAUUGGGUAAUGAUGGGAAAUCUGACGGCUUCCUCGAUUUCCUUUCGGAUUCGUCAUGCAGCAGUCUUGUUGGGAGAGGAUACAUUGGAUCUUAAAGUCUUUCCUCUCAGUAGUACGACUCCAAUCUACGAGACAGAAUUGAAGAGCCAGGACGAAUUGCUGGUUCACUCUGUUGAUUUGGAUGGCUUGUCAGAAAGUACGGAUUACAGAUUUCAACUGGCUGGGAGAGUAGUGCUGGAAGAAGGGAGCUUUCGGACGGCACCUGCAGAGAAUUCAACCGCUAGCUUUCGUUUCUUGGCAUCUUCCUGCGCCUACACUGGAACCACGCAUGACGUCUUUGCCAAUAUGCUGGAUCAAAAGGGCGACAAACUAUCCCCACUCUUAUUCAUGAUUUACUUGGGUGACUUUCAUUAUGAGGAUUUGAGUACACCGUCCGUCCAAGAACGGGUUGAAGCUAUGGACCUAUCACUGGGCGCUACAAAUCAAAAGCAAUUCUUUGCAAAUGUACCCAUCGCCUACAUGUGGGAUGACCAUGACUUUCUGGGAAACAAUAUGGGAGGUCUGGAUGCAAAUGACGACGAUUUGCAAGCAGCAUUGGACCAAUUUCGGAUAUCAAUCCCGCACUAUCCGCUAGUGAACGAGACGGUAUCGAUGCAUCAAGCCUUCACCAUUGGCAAAGUUCGUUUCAUCCUCACAGAUUUAAGGAGCGAGGCUGGUGAAUUCGAUCAAAUUAUGUCUCCGGUUCAAGAAGCAUGGCUGCUGAACGAGUUUGCUCAAUCUGACAAAUAUGACUUUGUUAUUUGGGCCAGCAGUGUCCCGUGGAUCGGUAAAGUGGAUCCUUUUGAUCCUUCAGAUGCAUGGUGGGGAUAUAGGGCACAGCGCCGACGAAUUUCAAUGUUUCUAUCCUCUGAGCAACUGCCGAAGCGUAAUGUUCUUGUCAUGGCUGGAGAUUCGCAUAUGCUGGCAUUUGACGAUGGAUCAAAUACGUACAAAGGCGAUCCCAGAGACGAUGCAUACUCCUUUCCGAUAUUGCAAACUGGACCACUCGAUCGGCUAGGAUCUUUCAAGGGUGGGCCAUUCAGUCAAGGCUGCUUUGCCAAAAAGUUUGAACGCAAUCACCAAUACAGUGUUAUUGAAUACUCUAACGGGGACAGCAAUCCCUGCCUUACGAUCAUGGCAUACUCGAUCAGUGACAUUAAUGGCAAACAGGAAGAAGUCUUUCAGCAGCAACUUUGUGGACCAGACAUCUUCCAGAAGGCAGGCCAAACUGCUGGCACUUGCGACGAGACACUCGUCACGACCAUAAACGUCGUUCUGAUUGCUCUUGCAGCUGUCAUAUAUGUUCCUGUUUUGGGACUGAUAUUGUGUUCUGAGAUCUAUGAGUCUUGUGGGUUUGCUGGAUUCAUGGGAUUAGUUGUCUCUGUCUUUUUGGCGCUCGUGUUUGUGGUCGGGGCAGGUCUGCCGCUUGUUGCGGGAGGAACGGAUCUGUUCGAUUUCUUUUCUGUUGCACUGAUUGGUUUCUUUGCAACACUCACGGUACUCAUUUAUCUGCUCUUGUGGAGGAAGGUGAUCAAGGCACAAGGCGAGGAAGCCAUUAUAAUGGAGACCCCAACUCAACAAGAAGAAGAUGACGUCCAAACGAAGAGCGAUGGAUCAGAACCAGAGCACGAUCAAGAGCAGUCAACUCAAUAA